ACUGUGAUUAACUUGUACGGACACAGCUGUCUGCACGGGACAGAUAGAGUUCAGCACAAUCGCGUUUCUCACUGACGCAAACCCGCUCCAAGUGCCGACAAAUCUGAGGGAACAAUCGCGGGAAACCGUCCGCGUCUCUUUUUUUUUUACUCGCGGACCAGUGGCCCCAGUACCACUCCUUGUAGCUGUUGUGUUUUACGAACCAUUCCGCCCGUGAAGAUGAAAAGAACGGAGCCGCUCCUCCUCAUCUCCGCUCUUCUCCUGUUGUUGCAGAGCCAGUUUUGUUUCCCAGUGACUGUGAGCAGCCCCAAGCCCAAGGUGGAGAUCCAUGAGAAUGAAGAUGCUGUGCUGCCCUGUGUGUUUAAGACUGAGAAAGACAGCCAUCCCCGUAUUGAGUGGAAGAAAAAGGGCAAAGAUAUAUCCUAUGUGUACUUCAAUGGAACAUUCAGAGGGAGCUUUGCGGGACGGGCGAAGAUGGAGGGGGCUACAGUGACCCUGUACAGAGCCACGCUGAGAGAUUCGGGGGAGUACCGGUGUGAGGUCAGCGCCUCCAUGGACUCCAACACCCUGGGAGAGGCGGAAGUCAGCCUCAAAGUGCUGGUGCCCCCCCACACCCCGCUGUGUGAGAUCCCCAGCUCUGCUCUGACGGGGGCCGUGGUGGAGAUGCGCUGUGAGGACCGCCUCAGCUUCCCCCCCGCUACGUACAGGUGGUACAAAGACAACCGCCCGCUGAGCUCCACCCGCCAGGCCAACCUCACCUACACCCUGGACACACAGUCCGGCAAGCUGUAUUUCAGGGCUGUGUCCCAGGCUGACUCAGGGCAGUACCGCUGUGAGGCCUCGAAUGGAGUGGGGGCGCCAAAGAGCUGUGAGGGAAAACACCUGCAGAUUGAUAUGUAUGAUAUGAACAUGAUGAUCAUCAUCACUGUGGCUGCAGGGGGUCUGCUCCUCCUCAGUGUGAGUGUGCUGGGAGUCUGCUGCUGCUGCUGGAGACGCCGCUGCAAGCAUCAAAAGGGAAAAGGAAGCAGUGACACCCCCCACCAGUGCUCCAGUAGCUCUCUUCCAAAUCCUGAGUACUACAGACAUACCCAGUCCUUUGUGCUGUGAGAAACACCCUACCUGUCAUUUCCAUGGCAACAUUUUACUGGACAUGGGCCAUCAAAUUGCCAGCAGAAGGACUGGGCGGGACCCCGGGUACGACAAGCAGAGCAGGGACAAACGGCAAUAAUGCUCUGCACUGGAAAACCACUGCUCACUUACUCCCUCUUGUGGUUGAGUUCUGAAAUCACCACACACGCAAGGACUUCUGGCCCAGAGAAGAGUUUUGACUGAAGCACCAGCAUCCUGCAGAAACUGCCCAUUAACAAUGAUUCAGUCAUCCCUCAUACCAAAUAUACCCCACUGCUACCACCCUCACUUUUCAACAAAUGAAUGUUGUAUUUUCUCAUAUAUUUUGUAGAUCUUUUUAUCUUUUUAAUCGACAAUCUUUUUUUAUAAGAACUGAAGUGCUCUUGUCUGUGUGAGUGACUGAAUGAAUGGGAUGGUUUUUUUUUACAGAAGUGGGGUCAGAAAUGAAUAUCUUCUGCUUUCCUGUCAGGUGUUUUAUUAGUAAUGCUGUGCUAAUAGGAAGCAUGCUAAAUGAGGUGUGAUCCAAAGAUAUUAAAGGUUGCACAAAGAUAAUAAA